ACAUCAUUCCUUCCAACAUAAACUAAGCCCUUUAGGGAUUGUGACUGUCACUCUACACUCUUUUCCUCCUCAACUAUUGCUGGAUUCUGACUUUGCAUUGUGAUUAGCGCAGCACUUGGAAUUCUUAAUGGCUAGGAAGCAAACAAACAGUGUUUUCUUCUUCUGUGGAAUCUGUGAAAAAAUAUGACGUUUUUCUUAGCUUUCGAGGUGAGGAUACCCGCAGAAACUUCACAUGCCAUCUUUAUGAUGCUCUGAGCCGAAAGAAAGUUGAAACCUUUAUAGACAACAAUGAGCUUCAAAAAGGAGAUGAGAUCUCGCCAGCACUCAUCAAAGCCAUUGAGGAGUCACAUGCAUCUAUUGUCAUCUUCUCAGAAAACUAUGCUUCUUCAAAAUGGUGCUUAAAUGAGCUCAAAAAGAUUCUAGAAUGCAAGCAAUAUAUGGAAUUGACCGUGAUACCUGUUUUUUACAACAUUCCAUCACAUGUGAGGAAGCAGACCGGGAGUUACAAGCAAGCAUUUGCAAAACAUAAGCGAGAUUUGAAGCACAAUAAUGACAAGUUGCAUAAAUGGAAAGCCGCUCUCACUGAGGCAGCUAAUUUAGUUGGUUGGGACUCUCAAAAUUAUAGGUAAGAAAAACGACCUAUCCAGAUUUCUACAUGUCAUGACUUGUAUAUUUCAUACGAGUAGCAUAAAACUUGUUGAGAAUAUGGAUCAGAACCUAUUAUUAGAGUUUAUUGCAGUAUUCCUAUGGUUAUGACUGUUAUGAUUUUAAUUAUAGGAAUUAUGGGAGGUUACAAAUUUAUGUUGUUCUGGUACAAAUUUAUAGGCAGUUUUUGUUUUUGUUUAUUUCUGAUUAUGAGUUUCUUGUAUUUAAAGGUUGUUAGAAGGAAUGAAAUGUGUGUGUUUCAGUUUUCAGAACUCAUAAGUCUGCUUAAUUUUCUUUUCUAAAUUCCAACAGUGGUAUCAAGAGCAUUCUUGUUCUUAAGGGACCUGGUGAGGUUGAGAGUUCCACUAAACACCCAAACACUUACCAAAGAGUUGAAAAUGCACUCUGAUAACUCAGCCAUAAAAUUGCCAAUCUUUGAGGGUGAGAAUUAUCACCUAUGGCCAACCAGAAUGGAGGCUUAUCUUGAUACUCAUGAUCUUUGGGAGGCUGUUGAGGAUGAUUACGAGGUUGAGCCAUUACCAGACAAUCCAACGCUUGCACAAAUCAGAAACCAUAAGGAGAGAAAGCAGCGAAAAUCAAAGGCAAAGUCUUAUCUAUUUUCUGCUGUUUCUGAAGCAAUUUUCACAAGAAUCAUGGCUCUGAAGUCAGCAAAAGCAAUUUGGGAUUUUCUCAAACAAGAGUAUGAAGGAAAUGAGAAAGUCAAAGGGAUGCAAGUGCUGAAUUUGAUCAGGGAGUUUGAGAUGCAGCGGAUGAAGGAGUCAGAAACAAUCAAGGAGUAUGCUGACAAACUUCUAAGCAUUGUCAACAAUGUGAGGUUGCUAGGAGGUGAGUUUUCUGAUAUAAGGAUAGUCCGAAAAUGCCCUGUAACUGUUCCUGAAAGGUUUGAAUCCACCAUUUCUUCUUUGGAAAAUUCCAAAGAUAUGUCAACAAUUACUUUGUCAGCACAAAUUCCUCGCAAGUUUGAUUUUCAAACAACAAAGGCUUCAAUAACCAUUCCUCCUAUUCCAAAAUCUAACCUGUCUGGUUUCAUAUUCUGCACCAUUGUUUCGAAGUGCUUCCAUGUUCACAAUCUCCCCCUGAAUUGUGUUAUCUUUGAACACGGCAAAGAAGUUGACAGGUGUUUUGUUAUUCAUGACGCUUAUAUUGGGGCAUUAAUUUCAGAUCACGUUUUGAUAUGUUGGCAUCCUUACAACAGACAAAAACUUGGAAGUAAUGAUUGCAACCUAUCAUUUCAAUUCAUGCAUCAAGAUCUCAAUGAAGAAUUGUGGUGGUCAACAGAGGGGAUCAAGGGGUGUGGGAUCUUACCUGUGUAUAACUUAGAACAUAAGUCGGAUCUGGAUGGUAGGGAAAUUGGUAAAUUAAAAUUCAGUGCUCAAUAUUCUGACAGGUGUGAAGGCAUAAGCUCCAACAAUGAAAAUGAAGAUGACCAGAAACAUCCUUGCUGUUCAAUCGGUCUUUUUUUGAGGAACUUGUUAAGAGGGUCACAAGAAUAAUACAAGUCAGAAAUGUUGUGAUCUCUUUCUUUUGUUUCUCAAGUACAAUAAGCACAACAUCAUCACAUUCACUCAAUAAGAUUCAGUGAUGCAGUGGACUGGUGAUAUCAAGUUGUUCUGGUAGCAAUGCGGAUUUAUUCAAACAAUGUUGAGUGUCACGGAGCCGUCGGAAGCAAAUUCUGAAUAAUGUUGGUGAAAAUGGUGAAAAGACUAAAAAUGAAGAAAUGGAAUGGAUAGACAUGGACGCCACACUUUCUAAUCCAAGAAAGUGAUACGAGAACCUCCGCUCACUAUUUCUACCUAAGACUCUCCCUAGUCCUAGAUAUGAGAACCUCCGCUCACUUCCUCUUAAUCACAGAUCCAGUGAUCGUCCUUUUAAUAAUAACAAGAUGGAGACACUCUCCUAAUCCUGUGAAUCAACUCGUGCUUACAAGCUUUGAGUGAUUUCUAAGAAUUACAACUCAACUACAAAGUCCAGCUCAAUGCAUCAACAUGAUAUAAGAGUGACUCACAAUUAACAAAGAACAGACUAAAACCCUAAAUGACUCUUUUACAAAUGACGGCUUCAGUGAACAAUUAGGUCUUGAGUCUUUCUUUAUAUAGCCUGAUGCGAAAUGAACUUGAUGCACAAAUCCGGCUAAUCAUCAGCUGAAUCACAAGAUAUCAGCAUAGGUUUUUCUGAAGCAAAUCCGAUGUUUACUUAAAUGUUGCAACAACAUUCUUAAGGACUAAGUUAAGUAUAACCGCAUUUCCUUACUUCUAGAAACACGCUUCUUGGUCAACUCUUCGUGAAUUAACUCUUCAGAGAAUAUUCAGGAAAUCUUCACAUUUAAAAUAAAUAACCAAGAAGGCGGAAUCAAGGCACGCUAUGAUGUCGUACCAACAUGUUUAAGACAUCUUGCUAGACCGAUUGUAUUAACAAAAUGUAGUUAACACAUGUCUACAAACCCAACAAUCCAAAUAAGGACACAUGUUAAGAAACCUAAAAAUAGAUUUUUUUUUA